GAUUCGUCCAUAAUCUCUGUUUAUUAUUUUUUCAUCAUGUUUCAUUUUCUAUAUUUUACGAAUCUCGUACUGAGUAUCCUCGAGUAUUCGAUCGAUAUCCGAUAGACGAUCGAGGACACCUGAAUUUGGACACUUUUGAGAGAAAACGGAACGUUGCGUGACGGUUGCGAAGCACGAGUGGCGAAAACGACGAGGUGACGAGGAUCAUCGCGUACCGAUUCGAAGUGGCGAUCCGAGAUUGACAGUCAUGUACUCGGCGAACACACGUGCCGGCAUUGCUCGCGCGUUUUACGCACACCGUGGAAUGCACAACAACGCGGAGUUGGUCGAGAAGUGCACGAAAAUCGUGAACCGAAAUCCGCGUAACCUGGAACGGUUGAGGAUAGCAAAGAAACCCGAAGGUUAUUGGCUUGAGAAGCCCGGACGUACAUACUGGCACAAACUGUUCCUGGUCAGAAAGCUGCGCUACAUCGUUGCGGAGGUCCGUCACUUUCAGAAUGGACCGGUUGUUACAGCUUCUAGUGCAGAGUGGGCGCUAAAAAGGCAACUGUAUCGGUACACUGAUGGCUCAGCUUACGUUAAUGUAGGACGAGUAUUGGCACAGCGUUGCCUAGAAGCUGGAAUCUGUGAGAUGGAGGUUGAUGAUACUGCGCUAGUUGGAAAUAAAUGUGAAUUGUUGAUUCAGGAAUUAGAAAAGGGAAACAUAAUCUUGACUGAACCGCCAAUAUAUCGGUAUCCAAAUGCUUGGGAUAGAGAUUGGCCAGAAAAACCAUGGGAAAUCCAUGAAUAGCUUGUAUAAUGUAAAUAGUAAUGUAUAUAAAUCAGUUGCGGAAUGGAAAACAAAGAACAAAGUGUCAUGUGUAUGAUAUAAUUUGAAUGGAAUUUCUUGUGAAAAUGAGAUAACACUUGGUGAUUGAUAUAAGAUAUUUUAUUAUCUUAGUGUCUAUCUACUGUGAAAUACCAGGUUUUGUACAUUACAGUAUCUAGGAGUAAAAAUAAAUAAUUGUAUCGCUGUUAAAUAAACUAUCUGCUAGUCUGCU